UCAGAACAGCUCAGAAGUGCAGACUGGGGGCUCUGAGAUUGAAAUCGCUGACGUCAGUACCAGUUGCCUCUGCAAGCAGUGUGUUCAGAUACUCUCAGAGAGACUGUAAUCACAAAAAAAGAUAUGGUGCAGCCUCACAAAGAUAGCAGAAAAUAGUCUUUGCUUCUCCCAACGCUGCUCGUGAUGGGUUGCUGCAUCUCCAGAGAAAUUCUCACAGCUGUUUAUGAUAAUCCCUCAAGUGCUGGUGAUGCCCCUCAGAAUGCAAAUAAAGCUGUGGCUCAGGAGAAGAAAAAACACCCUCCGACUGCUGAAGACCAAGAUGUCUGCAAGCAAGACAGGACAGAUUUCUGCUGGGACCCCAUCAUACAGAAUUGCUUCGGAAGCACCAAUGGAUUUUUUUCUGGCUCCAAGCAGACACUGAACGGCUAUGAUAUUAAUGCACUUGCAAGAUCAUCACUGGUUGGCCUGGUUCAAACAGUGAAAGAUCAUAUUACCAAACCAACAGCCAUGGCAAGUGGGCGUGUUGCUCACAUCAUUGAAUGGAAGGGUUGGGGUGCCCAGCGCAGAGGGUGUAAUGCCCCUCCAAUGGAUGAAGACCAAUACUCCAAUCUGACCGAUGAACUAAAGGAAGCUCGCUUUGCUGCAGGUGUUGCUGAGCAGUUUGCUAUUACUGAGGCAACACUGAGUGCUUGGUCCUCGCUGGACACUGAAGAAGUGCUUGGAGACAGCAGCCCAAGCAAUGUGGUUAACUACCUCAAUGCAGAGGACAUUUAUUAUGAAGAUCACUCUUCCAAUGGGUCUCAAGGUUUUUACUCUCUCAGCAUUGAAGGACCUUGCACUUUGGUAACUCCGAUCACACCGGCUGUGGACAGCCCAGCUGGCGAGCCAGUGCAAAUAGACAUGGCCACCCUCGACCCUGCUCACAAUGCCUCGCCCGCUGCAACCUUGUCUCACGAGCCUCCAAACUGCUUGUACCUUCCGGAAGCCAGCUCCUGUGGGGGGGAUUUGCACAGGACACUAGGACAGAGCACUGGAAGCCACCAUCCCCAUUCACACUCCAGCAACAACAGCUCACUCAUCGAAGAUGACGUAUUUUAUAAUUAGCCUUACCGUGCCAGGGACUUACGGUCGGAAGCCGCACUGCUGGACAAGGAUGCUUUCUGCUUCGUUAUUCAAAAUGGGACUGUCGUUGUUCUACUCCAUUUUAACACUGUGUAUGUGUGGUGUGCGUGUGUGUGUGUGUGUGUGUGUGUGUGUGCGCGCAUGCACAUGUGUAUGCAUGUGUGUAUGUAUCACAUUCAUCGGGGUAUAGGAUGAUUAAAUAACA